GGUUAUCUUCGGGUAAAACGGAAAGCGUGUCUGUCGCCGAAGCCAUCCGUUGACGUUAUCGUUCGGCAGUGCACUGCAAGCCCGGUCGGUCGGUCGGUCGGUCGGUCGUCCAACACAGUAGAGGCUUUUGUUACACCCGGCACCCAUGCCCAUGUGUGCGAGCGAAUGCGAUGGAACCGAGCGUGACAAUGCUGGAUGGUUUGACUCACCUGUACCGAUAAAGUUAGCUUCAGGUGGUCAGCUAGAAAACAUUCGUGCUGUGUUGUCCGUCGCGAUAGGUUCCCGGUCGAAAGCGCAUUACGGUUGGUGUGGGGAGGCCUCGAAAAGGAUUAUAUUUGGAGCAGUCUAACCUGUGCGGAAGUGAACCAGUAAGGCGAUCGAGAUAAGAGAGCCGAAGCAUAGCGUGAUAAAUUAGCGAAAUUGGUACAAUUUCAAUAAAGGCACGAUGGAUCCCAGUAUUCUAGCAACCAUGGACCGUGACGCACUGAAAAAGCAGAUCGAAAACAUGAAGUACCAGGCCUCGAUGGAGCGGUGGCCAUUGUCGAAGAGUAUCGCAGCCAUGCGAGAAUACGUGGAGGAGAACGAAAAGAACGAUCCAUUGAUUCACGCUCCGGACAAGAAGAAUAAUCCUUGGGCUGAGAAGGGCAAAUGUGUCAUCAUGUAAAUAGCGUCCUAUCUUCUACCGAUACUUCUACUACUACUACUUCUACUACUACUACUACUACUACUACUACUACCACUACCACCACCAUCACCACUACUACUUCUACACCCAAAAUCCAAUUACUAUUUUCUACAACUUUCUACCAAAUGUAUCAUACGGCCGGCAACAGAGCCUCUGCUUCUCAUCGAACCUUAACAAGCCGCCAGUGCCAGCGCCACUCGAUACCACUUUUUUGGGUGUGACCAAUUCUAAAACCCGCGACCCAUUCGGAUCGGCAACUGAAAAUCUCAACACUCAUUAUUUGACCGAUACCGUCAGUAGCUUCUGUUUUCUUCUACUCUUUCUGCUCGUAAUGGCAAUUACGUUUUUGGAUUCUCAAGUACAUCCCUUAUGAAAAGGUAUUAUUUUUACCGGACAUACAGAGACCACAGCAGAAGUGCAAACAAACCCGGAACCAAUCUAACCAACAAACUGCGAAAAUCAAUCAAAAUAAGCUAUUUACGCGCUCAAUAUUAAGGUCCUUUUAGUUAAGAUAUUUAUGAUCGGUUUAUUGUUUUAUCUCGAUCGGUCUGAGCGUGUUUGAUCGUAGUUUUAAAAAUACCUUAGCAGAACAUUACAAUCGAAAAAACAAUGAGAGCCGAAAGAGUAGAAAGCAGAGCAGAGAAAGAGGCAACUGCCAAGAUACAUCAAUGGUGGCAUCAAAGGGUCGCAGCAGCAGCAGUAGCAGCAGCAGGGCUUACGUUCCAUCUUGCUUUAAAAAUCUCAUUGCGAUCUGUUCAUUAGCUUUAAGUUUCGGAUCGGAUCGGUGUGUGUUUGUGUUUUUUAUUUUUUAUUUAUCUCGGUUCGGUUCUGUUCAUUCUGUCCGUCGACAGCAGUGCAUCAUAUGUUAGUGCAAGUAGCGGCAUUAAAACACGCGAACGUUUGUAACUCUCUCCGGUGUAGCAAAACCAAGCAAAAACUGCCGGGCCCGAGCGCCCAGCGCCAAGCAGCGAAACUGUUUGCGAAAAUGUGCAAAAUUUAAAUGAAGAAUUAAAGAGAACAAUUAGCGUGUGGGGCUAAUUGAAAACAAAAAACAAACUGAAUCCUACCAAGACCACGCCAUGCGUGUAUCAUUGUGUGCAUACUUUCGCCUGGAUGUUGUUUUGUGUUUUUCACUCGCUUUUCCCCACCAUUGAAAGAUGUGACAAACAAGUGGCUCACACACACAUGCACGGAGGGCUGAAAAUACUGUUGUACAGUUGUCGUAAACAACAAGCACGUCUCUUAUCCUUCGCUGAACUUUAGGGGCAGAUCCUGUCGGGCAGGACACUUCGCGGCUGCGGAUCGGGUUGUGUGUUAUUUUUGUUUCGUUUUACGUUUGCUGGAAUAAAUCAAACACAUGCAUGUCCAA